GAACUUCAUGCACCACUUACUGUUGUAGCUGAUGGACUUUUCUCCAAGUUUAGAAAAAGCUUGGUCUCCAACAAGGUUACCGUUUCGUCUCACUUUGUUGGUUGCAUUUUGAAGAAUGCACCACAGUUUAAAGCUAAUUAUGCUGAACUUGUUUUAGCUAAAACUAGUCCAGUGCUAAUCUAUCAGAUUUCUUCAACUGAGACUCGGGUCCUUGUUGAUAUUCGAGGAGAAAUGCCAAAAAAUUUAAAAGAAUACAUGAUUGAGAAUAUUCAUCCACAACUACCUGAUCAUUUAAAGGAACCGUUCGUAACAGCAGUUCAGAAUGAUCGUUUAAGGACUAUGCCAGCCAGCUUCUUGCCUCCUUCAGCUGUUAACAAAAAAGGUGUUCUCCUUUUAGGAGAUGCAUAUAAUAUAAGACACCCUCUAACUGGUGGAGGAAUGAGUGUUAUUCUAAAUGAUGUUAAAAUAUGGAGAAAUUUACUCCAGGAUAUUCCAGAUCUUUAUGAAGAUUCAGAUGUUCUUAAGGCAAAAAGAACGUUUUACUGGUCAAGAAAAAAAUCUCAUGCUUUUGUAGUGAAUAUUCUCGCCCAGGCACUUUAUGAACUCUUUGCUGCCACAGAUGAUUCCUUGCAUCAGCUGAAGAAAGCCUGUUUCCAUUACUUCAGACUUGGUGGAGAAUGUGUCUUGGGUCCUGUUGGAUUGCUGUCUGUGUUAUCUCCUAAACCAAUGGUACUGAUCGGCCACUUCUUUGCUGUGGCAUUAUACGCUGUUUAUUUUUGCUUUAAGUCAGAGUCCUGGAUCACCAAGCCUCGAGCAUUUUUCAGUAGUGGAGCUGUUCUUUACCGGAGUUGCUCUAUAAUAUUUCCACUUAUUUACUCUGAAAUGAAGUAUUUGGUCUAUUGAAAUCCAAGGGGAAAUGACUGGAGGAAGAAAACAUGAAAGUCGUGAUGCCUUCAACACCUUUGGACAUGUACUAUUUAAUAUUGUAUUAUGUUUUCUUCUCUUCAAAAUGCGAUUUCCUUGAUAAGGAUUUGACUUAAUUUUGGUUUGGUGGUUAUAUACAUAUAUAUUAUAUGUAAAUAUUCUCUUCUUUGCAAUUAAAAUUCAAAAAGGAGUUAGCUGUUCACAAAGACCAUACUUAAGUGUUGACAUGUGGUAGAUAAUUGCCAGUUUUGUCAGAAUUUCAUUCCUUGCUUUAUCCAUUGCCGAGUGCACCACUAAUACUAAUAAACUGAAAAGUGAAAACUGUAAACC